AUGCUUCUUCUUGUUAUCAUCGCGGUGUUGGGAUAUGUUGUACUCGUGGAGAAGUUGAGAUUCCGACGGAGGAACUCUCUGGCCAGCAAAUAUUCCUAUCACGAUCGCCAAUCCUUUGCCCGUAUGAGCUUGGAGGAUGCCUUCGAGAUCCAGUUGCGUCUUGCUGAAUUAGAGUUCCCUACCAUAUUCUCAAUUUCCAUCUUCUUUACCUUGUUCAAGACUUAUGGAAUCCCGUCCAUAUCCAAGUUGCUGGUGGCGACAGGGGAACUCGCGAGCCCUACAUUGUCAUCCAAAAGAGCUGCUGACACGGGAGUCCUGAUCACUGAGAUUGUCCUGAACAAACCCAGAUCAGGUCGAAACUUGGAUGCUAUCGCUCGUAUGAACUGGCUGCAUGACCGAUAUCGCAAAGCUGGGAAGAUCAAAGACGAAGAUAUGCUCUACACGCUCAGCCUUUUCAUCCUCGAGCCGGUGCGUUGGACGGAGCGGUUCGAAUGGCGCGCCCUUUCGGAUCUCGAGAGAUGCGCUUUGGCUGUCUACUGGAAGAAUCUUGGCGAAGUAAUGGAUAUCCCGUACGACGCCUUGCCUUCAGCCAAGUCAGGUUGGCAAGAUGGUCUCCACUGGCUGGACGAGCUCGAAGCCUGGAGCAAGGCAUAUGACGUUAAGAACACGGUUCCCGAUGAGCACAAUAGGACCUUGGCUUUUGCAACUCUCAAAGUAGGCUUGACUAAUGUCCCUCGCAUAUUACACGGCAUGGGUCUACAAUUUGUCGCUGCUUUACUCGAUCGACCUCUCAGGCGAGCUAUGAUGUUAGAGGAGCCGGCUUGGCUGACCCAGACAGCUUUAGAAGCUGUUGUGACUGUCCGAAAGUUCUUGAUCAGACACUUUUUCUUACCUCGACCUGACUUCCUUCGGUCACGGUGGUUCACGUCGGAGCCGGAUCCCUCGACUGGACGUUACCAUUUCAUGCAGUACAUUGGCCACCCGUGGUACAUCAAACCUACGUUGAUACAGAGGUGGGGACUCAAGUCAUGGGUGUUGUGGUUCACUGGAGGCUACAUACCGUCAAAAUAUCUACCUGAAUACCGUCCCGAAGGCUACCGAAUUGCAGAUCUGGGUCCUGUGUCCUUGGAAGGCAAAGGUGCUGAUGAGAUGCGGGACGCGAAGCAGAGGGUUAUGACUAGAUUUCAAGGCUGUCCAUUCUCAUACAUACAAGAGACAAAGACUCCCUACAAAACAAAGCGUCUAUGA